AUGCAACCUUCUUCCGCUCAUUCGCGCGGCCUCGUCGUCUCCAUCUGGCACGACGUCGUCCUCUUCUCUCCCUCUCCCGCCGCCGCCACUCCUCGCUCGACCUUAUUGAAUAAGCUCCCCGCGCUGCCAAGUCCUCCUUCGUCGCGUCCCUCUCCGGUCGUCGCCGUCGCCUGCCGCUCGACGGCAGCGUGCGCGUUGACAAUGCGGAGCAGCACCCGUGGAACGUCGGAAUUAUUCCGCAAACCUGCGUCCUCGCGCCCGCUCUCUCCGAACCCAGCCCAACCGCACUCUCCCCCAACGAACCCGUCGCUACAAUUUGGCGAGAUUUUUUCCGCUCACUUUCCGUGCCCUCUGUCCCGUUCGGCGACCACCUUCGGCGACACCUCUGACGACCCUUUCGCUGAGCCCGACGCUGUGUUUCCCGUGAUUCUGGACAACGCGUCGUUGGAGGCGGUGGAGGUGGGCGCAAGGGAGCGCGACCCGGGCGACGUGUUCCCCGUGUUGCCGCUCCUCGCGCUGCCCGUGCGAUUGCAGUCGGGCCUGGGGUCGGAAGUUUUGUGGAAGCUGGUCGUGGUGGAGGCGGUCGAUCCGCAAGUCGAGGCGGGGGAGACGGCGGCCGUCGCGGCGACGGCGCUGCCGCAAGUGAAGGCGUUGGCCGACACGGGAGGGUUCACGACGAUGGGGCCGGACCCAUGGCGGAUUCUCAAAUCCCCGCAGUGCAGCGACGCAAACGACUGGGUGAAAUCUGCACGGAAGGCGCUGCGUGGUGCGCGAGGCACACAGCGCGUGGUGGCUACUCGUCGCGACGCUGCGCUGGCCAUCGCUGCAAUGGCGGCAGCGCGUGAAUGA